AUGACAAAUNUCAAUAGUAUUAAAUCUUUCAGGUGUUCAGGGAAAAAAUUACUUGCUAAAAUUGCUGGAUUUACUGCUAAAUGUCAAAUAUUUGAAAUACAAUUAACAAGAAAUUAUAAUGAAAUAUCAUUUCGUGAAGAUUUAAAAAUUCUAUUUUAUCAAAUUGGUUUAAAAAAUAUGAAAACAGUUUUUAUUUUAAAUGAUGCACAAAUUGUUGAAGAAAAUUUUCUUGAAUAUAUAAAUAAUAUUUUAUCGAAUGGAAUAGUACCCGGAUUAUUUACUGAUGAAGAAAGAGAUGGAAUUAUUAAUGAAAUACGUGAAGAAGCAAUAAAAUAUAUUAAAAUUUUAUCAAAUGAAAAUAUUUGGCAUUAUUUUAUUCGAAAAUGUACAUUAAAUUUACAUAUUAUUUUAUGUAUGAAUCCAACUGGAAAUCUUUUAAGAAAUCGAGCUCGAAACUUUCCAGCAUUAAUCAAUAAUACAACUAUUGAUUAUUUUGCUCGAUGGCCACAACAAGCUUUAUAUGCAGUUGCUGAACAUUUUCUAUCACGUUUUAAAUUAAUUUCUGAUGAAUAUAAAAAUAAUAUAAUUGAACAUAUGGCUAUGGUACAUGAAUCUGUUAAUUUCUAUUGUGAUAUUUAUAUGGAAAAAAUGCGACGAAAAGCUUAUGCAACACCAACAAAUUAUUUAGAUUUUAUUCAUACAUUCAUUCAUCUUUAUAAACAAAAAAAAGAAGAUUUAUCUAAACAAGCUGAACGAUUAAAUGUUGGAAUUAUUCGUAUUGAUGAAGCUAGUAUACUUAUACAAGAAAUGGAUAAAAAAUUAGAAAUACAACGUAAAGAACUUGCAAUCAAAACAAAAAAAUGUGAUGAUUUAUUAACAGAAAUUACUACUUUAACAGCUAAACAAACAGAACGUAAAAGUCGAGCAUUAGAUAAAAAGCAAUUAGUUGAUGAACAAUUAAUAACAAUUGAAAAAGAAAAACAUGAUGCUGAAUCACAAUUAGAAGAAGCUAUGCCAGCAUUAAUUGAAGCUCAACAAGGUCUUGAUACACUUAAAGCAGCUGAUAUAACUGAAAUGCGUAGUUUUGCUAAUCCAGUUGAUACACUCCGAUUAAUUGGUUAUUGUAUGCUUAUUUACUUAGGUCAUCCAUCAAUUAGUUGGAAAGAUGUUCGAGCUGUUAUGGCUGAUAUGAAAUUUAUAACAAAUUUAAAAACUCGUGAUCCUGAUUUAUUCACAUCAAAACAAGCUGUACAAUUAAAAAUUUAUUUAAAAAAAUUAGAAGAAAAACUUGAUCCAAAUCAUAUAUAUUCAUUAUUAGAAAAAUCUGAACCUCGAAACUUUCCAGCAUUAAUCAAUAAUACAACUAUUGAUUAUUUUGCUCGAUGGCCACAACAAGCUUUAUAUGCAGUUGCUGAACAUUUUCUAUCACGUUUAAAAUUAAUUUCUGAUGAAUAUAAAAAUAAUAUAAUUGAACAUAUGGCUAUGGUACAUGAAUCUGCUAAUUUCUAUUGUGAUAUUUAUAUGGAAAAAAUGCGACGAAAAGCUUAUGCAACACCAAAAAAUGAUUUAGAUUUUAUUCAUAUAUUUAUUCAUCUUUAUAAACAAAAAAAAGAAGAUUUAUCUAAACAAGCUGAACGAUUAAAUGUUGGAAUUAUUUGUAUUGAUGAAGCUAGUAUACUUGUACAAGAAAUGGAUAAAAAAAUUAGAAAUACAACGUAA